GCCAAUGUGAAGGGGACACACACAUUCCCAGAUUGGUGUAUGAUUUCCUUGUGAGUCGUGCACUUGGGGUUGGGUAGAGAGAAGGCAUAAUAGGCAAGUGGAGGAUGCAGCAACCGGCAGGAGUCUGGAGUUGGCAGAACUGUUGGGGGCCUGGGAGAGAGUGAAACUAUGGGGGGCUGGCCCGAAGGAGACUCUUAGCUGCAGCGGCGACUUUUGGCGAACUUGACACGGAGGUUUCUCUGACUUUCUCGGCUGCUCUGCAGAUUUAUGUGCUGGAAUUUCCCCUGGAGCAUUGAAAAGUUGAAAACUGCAUGCGGCAACCAGUUCUUCAACUCGCUACGUUGGAACAAUCUAUGUAUGAUUCUUUGGGCUGUGGAUGGAUGGGGUCCUGCGGGAGAAUGCAACAGUGGGAGGCUGGCGUGGCCCAAAAGGGACUCUUAGCUGCAGCAGUGACUUGGCGAACGUGGGACACACAGGUUUCUGGGUUGGUCUGCAGAUUUUUGUGCCGGAAUGGCCUCGGAGCACUGAAAGCUGCAUGUUUCGACAUGUUGUGUUCCAACUAGCUAAGGCGGAGCAAUCUAUCUAUGAUUCCUUGGGCAAAUUUGAUGGAGUGGGACUAUCUGGCUCUAGUCCCUUGGGACAGCGAGGGAUGAGCAAGAUAGUUCUCUGGGAGGGAUGGGCAAGGCAGGUGUUCCGGGCAAGAGGACAGCAGAGAAGCUCCCCACAUCUUACGAGUUUGACUUGCUCUCAGAAUGCUUGAGGGAAUCAUAUGGGCUUUUACCAUGUGAUUGCUGCAGCAUCUUUCAACAAGUUGCCAUGGGUACACGGUUGUCAUAUGAUGAUGAUGAUGUGCGUGUGUGCUCGAGAACAGUCGAAGGGGCUGACGUCAGUCCGAUCGUGUUCCUGCUCGCGUCCAUAGAGAUGAGAUGAGCGGCAUUCAUAUGGUCGACAGUGUCAUCGUUCACGAUCCGCAAACAUCCAGAUUUCACUUGCUCAUAUGAUGAGUUCACACUCGCGCGACGGUCGACAGCGUCAUCGUUCACGAUUCGUAUGAGUUCACCCAUUCACACAUGUACGUGUGUACGUGUGUGCUUGCCAUUCAUUGGCUUUGCUGCACACUGCCAAUGGCGAAGGUCUUCUGCGGGCAAAGCUCAGUCGUAACAUUUCCAAGGAUGGUGGUCAAGUCAAUCUCUGAAGUUGUACCUGCCUGCUUUCAUCUGCCCAUGCAAGGAGUUCAGGUAUCCAUAUGUGCGGCCGCCAGUGUAGGUGUCCUUUCAUCUGCCCAUGCAAGGAGUUCAGGUAUCCAUAUGUGUGGCCGCCAGUGUAGGUGUCCUUUCAAAGGCUUACCGCGGAGAGACAGUCGUUCCCCGGCAGUCGUGCAAGCACACGCUUUGAGAGGCCCUGGCUUGUGAGGGACACCUACAGCGAAACUGACCUGGCGUUUAAGUGUAAGGGAAUGCACAAAAUCCCCGGAACGAUGUAGGGGCAACCCAUGAAAGCACAUGCUUUGAGAGGUGGAGGAGCAAAUAUGUCUGUUCGCUUGCUUAGCUGGCGACGAUUUCCAUCCCGGUACGGUUGUUGCAUUGACGAUCCUUGACCAAGAACAUGUGCAAGGACUGUAGAUAGAUGUCCAUGUGGUCUGCAACUUUGGCGCCAACAGUCCAGCGCCUGUUAUUCCGGCUGCUUUGCGCCUUUAACCAGCUCAUUAUGGUUCCAGAUACCACAAUCUAUGAAUGCUCUGCGGUCCUGUUCCAAGUUGAAGAUAACAUUUACAACGCAUCUCCUCAUUCAGUCUGCCAGACUUUGACAGUGAGGAAAGCAGUGAUCCAGGGAGCGCAUAACCCCUGGCACCUAUGCCUCUGGACCUCCGCGAGUUGUGCAGUGUAAAGAGUGGAGAGUGAUUUUGCAGUGUGGCUCAAGCCUUUGAGGCUUGCCCAGCAUCGGCAGUGUGGUUUCCUUUGGACGAAGACUUGGUCCAUCGACCAGACACAUUUCUCCCGAGCAAGGAUGGGCCCAAAACAGAAUUCUUUGGAUGUAGACAUGUGCAUUUCUGUGGCCUCCCAGGGGAUUGCAGGGCUGAGGAAUCAAGGUUGUGGCAUAGCUGUUGUGUGUAAAGUGUGGCUACAGUAAGGUGCAGACCUGUGGUAUGUGUCCGUCAAGGCAGGAUUUGAACCUGCGACCGUUAGGUGGCUCCAAAAUCCAAGGAUUGUCAUCAGACCAAAGUUGGGUUGGACCAGGUGAUUGACACAGUCAGAUUGCCCUGCAAAGACCUGGACACAGUCCAGUGGCAUAUGUCCCAGAUGCUGCAGCUUUAUUCAGGUCCUCAGGAGACAGAGUGGACCUUGUGAAUACCUGCAAGACUCAGUGCUGGACAUUGGGGCAGGCUUGUGCAUCUUUGCCUGGAUGAAGGGUGAUACUCGUUUGGGCAGCACGGUCUUGGCACAAUGCAGAGAUGGGUGGUGCUCUCUCUCUCUCUCUCUCGCUCGCUCGCUCGCUCGCUCUCUCACUAAGGUCGGACUCUUCAGCGUUUUGCCAACCCAGGAGUGAUGGUUUAUUCAUACCAAUAACAGUUUCAGUAAACUGUUGCAGUUCCCAAGUUGCAGUUCAGGAAAAACAAGCAAGUGGUGGUGCUCUCUCUCUCUCUCUCUCUCUCUCUCUCUCUCUCUCUCUCUCUCUCUCUCUCUCUCUCUCUCUCUCUCUCUCUCUNUGUGUGUGUGUGUGUGUGUGUGUGUGUGUGUGUGUGUGUGUGUGUGUGUGUGUGUGUGUGUGCGCGACGGAAAGGAAGGUGACACCGGCAUCGCAGGGAUCGAGAAGUCCGAAUCGAGGGGGUUGUCAAGAGAGGGGAUAGCAGUGCCCCAUUAAAGGUCUUUGGUGCAUGUGUUAAUAAGGCAAUGAAGAUGCCUUUCUUCCUUCGAGGUCCUUGGAGUGCUGAAGUGGAAAGAAGGUGCUGUCCUUCCUUGAUUUCUUUGGGGUGCUGAACUGGAAUUGUAAGGUGAGUUGCUGUACUUUGCGACUGUGGUUCUUUUUUUUCCCCUUGUAGCCAUUCAUGACAUCGGUGCCCGGGGGUGCUUCUCUCAGGUAAACGCAAUAGGGUUUGAACCUUGGUAUGCAAUCAUGAAGCUAACAGCUUCACGUAUGCUUCCGUCCUGUCUGACUGAACGAGUCUCGUCGACAUCUUGAUGUCCCGCACAUGAAAAUAUCUCUUCAACAUUACUAUUUCAAGAAUUUGCAACCUUCUUAAAGUUCUUAUUCUGUGGGUUAACAUACCUGACACGUUGUCCAUUCUCGCGCUGGGUCAGACAGGACACAACUGUGGCCGCCGGGUCAUAAGCGAGCGUUGUGUGUGGUUAGGUGUGCAUUGGAAGUGUGUUUCUCCUUCUCUCUCACUUUUUGUUUGUGUUGUCCUCCAUGCGCGGGUGUUUAUGAAAACAAUAUUUUCCUGAUUUUGCCUGUGCCAUCUUUGACACGUCACUAAAUGGUGUCUUCAUAUUCGGAUCAUGUUGAACCGUCUCUGUUUGGCGUUUUGCUAAACGAG